CCUAGUUCUACCUUUCAGGAAAUGACCGGAUUAUCAGGAAGUAGAAAGAGUUUUUACUUUCAGCCAGAUAAACAACCACUACCACAGACUGCGCAAAAUAGAAACAACGUGUUGUACAUUUUUAAACUCCGUAACUCUACCCAGUAAGGCCGUUUUGUUUUAUUCAAACUAAACUGAAGGUGUACUCCGUGCGCAUUUUGGGAACGAAAACAGGAGGAGCUAGACAUCAAGGUUUGGUUAGGUGGGUAGAGAUGAACCGUGGAGCCAAUCCUGUGGUGCAUGGGGCCUGGGAACUGAAGGAGCGCCUUGGCACUGGAGGCUUCGGCAAUGUCAACCGAUGGCAGAAUAAGGAGACAGAGGAGCAGAUUGCCAUAAAGCAGUGUCGGCAAGAGCUGAGUAUGAAGAACAAGGAACGCUGGUGUCUGGAGAUACAGAUCAUGAAGAGGUUAAAUCACCCUAAUGUGGUAGCUGCCAAAGACGUCCCUGCUGUUCUGGAACACCUGUCCACCAAUGACAUUCCUCUGCUGGCCAUGGAGUUCUGCCAAGGGGGAGACCUACGAAAGUACCUGAAUCUUCUUGAUAACUGCUGUGGAAUGAGAGAAGGUUCCAUCCUCAUCCUGUUAAGAGACAUAUCCUCUGCACUGAUGUACCUCCACAAGAAGAGGAUCAUCCACAGAGACCUGAAACCUGAGAACAUCGUCCUGCAGCAGGGAGAGAAGAGGCUGAUCCAUAAGAUCAUUGAUCUGGGCUACGCCAAAGAACUGGAUCAGACCAGCCUGUGCACCUCUUUUGUCGGAACCUUGCAGUAUCUGGCCCCUGAGUUGUUGGAGCAGAGGGUCUACAGUGUGACGGUGGACUACUGGAGUUUUGGCACGCUGGUGUUUGAGUGCAUCUCUGGCUUCCGCCCCUUCCUGCCCGCAUGGCAGCCAGUGCAAUGGCACACUAAGCUGCUGGAGAAGGAGGAGAAUGACAUUGUGGCCUAUGAGGAUAUACAGGGCACAGUGCAUUUCAAGAAGACCUUGCCUCAACCCAACAACAUCAACAGCUUCUUGACCACUAAGCUGGAGGAGUGGCUGGAGUUGAUGCUGAGGUGGAGUGGGGAGCGGAGGGGUCGUGACCUCAACGGGGAAGGGGAACUGAGCUCACGCAGCCCACAAUACAGCUUCCAGCAGCUAGACCUCAUCCUGGAGCUCAAGAUGGUGCAUGUGCUUAACAUGUUGACGGCAGAGCUGCUGUCGUACGCGGUGACAUCAGAGGAGACGGUGGCGUCCCUGCAGCGGCGUAUAGAGGAGGACACGGGCGUCGCCCCUGACGACCAGGAGCUGCUGCUGGAGGCCGGCCUGGCGCUGGAGCCUCACAACAUGGCCGCCCAGAGCGCCGUCGACUACAGCACAAUAGAUGGCUCCAGGAAUGAUGUGCCCUUGGUCUUCCUCUUCGACCGAACCAACUGCAACUAUGAGCCCCAGUUCAGUCCCAGAGAACUUCCUGAGAACAUACGCGCCAUCCAGAAAGACCCCAAGCAGAAGCUGAACUAUCGGCACAUGAGAAAAACGUACGCCCAGGCCUGGCACACCAUACGCACCCUGAAGGAAGACUGGCAGAGGCUCCAGCAGGGCCAGAAAGCAGCCAUGAUGAGCCUGUUGAGGCACAACGGCACGCUGUCCAAGCAGAAGAACGAGAUGAACUCCACCUUCCAGCACCUCCGCUCCACCGUCGACUUCUUCAACGCCAGCCUCAAGAUAGACAUACAGAAGUACAUGGAGCAGAAAGUCACCGGCAUAGCGUCAGAGAAGUUGCUCUCCACCUGGAAAGAUAUGGAACAGACUGCAACCAACUUUGGACAGGACACAGUGAAUAACCUGGAGGAGGAGAUGAUGUCUCUGCAGACGGACAUCGUGGACCUGCAGAGGCAGCCCUGGAGGAACGGAGAGGCACUCGAGUCCCUGGAGCUGAAGGCAAUGGAUCUGUUCAGAAAGCUCAGAGAGAAACCACGAGAUCAGCGUCCACCUGGUGACUGCCAAGAGGUGUUGAAGCUAGUGGUACAGGCCAUCCAGUUCUACGAGAAGAAGCUCCGAGACUUCUACACACACCUCAGUAAGACGGUGUUGUGUCGUCAGCGUGUGAUGGAGAUGCGUCCUCGUCUGGAGGGCACAGUGCUGCACAUGGCUCAGAGCCAACAGCGCCUAUUGGAGCUGCAGACACGCAGGCAGAGGGAACUCUGGGAACUGCUCAAAGUGGCCUGCACUAAGAUCCAGAGUCCGGUGAGUGGGAGUCCAGUGGGAGCUCAGACGGUUCUGACCCCUCCACUAGUCCAGAGCAGACCCAACAGCCUCCAGGCCCUCAACCAGCCUGAGUCCUUUGUGCUGAUUGAGGAGAGUAAGACCUAUGAGAAUCGCCUACAGAGCCUUAUGAGUGAAACCAUACAGGGCACAGAGGAGGACCUGCAGAUGCUAGAAGAUUGGGAGUGGCUAAAGAGUCCCCAGUCACUCUGUGAUGUGUGAUCCUGGGAUUGUGUGUGUGCGUGUGCGUGCGUGUGUGUGUGCAUGUGCGUGUGCAUGUGCGUGUGUGUGUG